UCUAAUUGGAAAUGGAAGAAAUAGCAAAGGCGAAAGUAUUCAGCAAAUUUUUGCAACUCCCUUUCAUAGCUACUACAUUGGGAAACAGAAUUCAGUAAUUGAUUAAAAAUUAGUUGCAAAUGUAAUAUCACGUUAACGUAGUAUUGGCCCUUAAUGGGUUAAAAUAAACGAUUUGAUUGGUGGAGAUAUUGGUCGAGAUAUUUGUUGAAAAAGCAGCUCGAGCUUUAAUCUCGGGUCGCAAGGGCUAUCGAAACGUGGCAUUUGUCUCUUUUUGCCACUCGGCUUUGGUAAAGUCGAAGGUCUGUUCAGUGCGGAUCAAAGAGUUCCUUCGCGAUUCUCGUCCCGAGCAGAGGUUCUAGAGGAGAAGAGAGAAAAUUUACAAAUAGUGCGAAUAACAGUCUGAUCGAAUCAUCGGAGAGUUGAAGGAAGAAUAUCUGAAGUAAUUUACGGUUGUUGUUUCUACCAUUGUGAUAAGCGAAAUGACCAAAGUGUCAGGAAUGAUAGAGACGGAAGACGUCGUUGGCAAGCCAACUCUGGUACGACGUAUGUCCAAUAUGCUGAAAGAUGGAAGUAACAGUGGACCACCGAUGCUGUUUCGCCACGCCUCGAUGCAGAAGAUUCGUCAUUGCUGCCAAAACCUAAAUCUCUUUCCAUAUCUGCUCUACUCCUUUGGUAACUCGAAAUCGCAUCCAGUUGCACAAAAGAUGCACCAUUGCCUUGGCCAGUUUCUUCAGCUCAUCACCGCGAGGAUCUUCUUCUUAUGCAGGAAUUUCCGACAGUCGCUGAUACGCGGUAUUCCUUCGAAGGAGUUUGAAGUAACGGAGCCACCAAAGAGCGCCGAAUUUUGCAAGUUAACUCCACGAUUCCGAAUGACCAGGCUACAGAAACGAAAACAAGAUAGCCGCCUGUUCUUGACCCUAGCUGUGUACUUCGCCCCUCUGCUAUUGGUUUUCCAAUUGAUCGGGCUGGCCAGUGCGAUGGUCUUUGGAAAGUACACGCCCGGUUUCAUUUUUUUGAUCUCCGCCCUGUUGUUCCUCGGAUGUAUCUCGCUCAAGAUUCUCUUCCACGAGAGCGCCGAGGAGAGUCGUAAAAGUGUGAAAAUCAAAAUGGAAUGAUCAUGUUCCGGCUGUUGUUGCCUAUCUCAGCCAUCAUUCUGCGAUCAGACUGUUUAUCAGAUAAUAGACCAGAUAGUAUUGAGAGUCUUGGUCUCUUUUACAGUUCCCCAUUGUCGCAUUUGAUUACUUAAACGACGCGAUGCCAGAUAGAGCUUACAUAUUACUUCUGUAUAUCGCAUGAAACUAGUUUGUCCAUGCUUGUUCAUACCCUUUUUUUAUUCCCUCAUACUCUGCCUUUUUCACUCUCUCUUUUUCUUCCUUUCUCUCUUUCUGUAAUAUACAUGUGUAUGUUAAUUGUCCAUCGAUGGCUUUCUAGUUAGUCUAGAAUUUCGAGUCGAUUGGUUCACAAGUUCUACGAUAUUUUUUUUUUUUUUUUUUACAUUUCGUUAUUAUCGGACUGAUACAUGUAAUCGUACGCGUAAGUAACGUAGUUGCAACGUUAGAGGAUAGACAGUUUGUAACCACGUACUUCAGAUUACGAAUACGUUCUUUUUUUGAAGAAGUUUGUACAACAUAUGUAUUGCUUUUAUCUACGCAUAAUCGUUGUUCUUCCUUUUAUUUCUCUUUUUUUUUUUUAACUUCUUUUCGUUUUCUCGAAUUACAACUUCCGAGAGUUACUUAGCAUUUUAUAGGCGCCAUAUGAAUGCUGUGUACACAUGUGAAUGAAAUGCAAUUUAAUAGUUACCUGGAUAAUAUAUCGCGGUUAUCCUCUACGGCAGAAGACUGAAAAUCGUUUUAAUAUAAAAGUUGUAUAUAAAAGAGGAGAAGAUAUAUAUUAAAAUAUACUACGUUAUAUAUGUAUACAUAAUGCGAGAAAAUGAUUUAUUCUAUAUCGUAAGGUUAUAUUAGCUGUCGCUCGUCAAAAUGACUUGAUGUGUCCACUAAAAUGAAUUAGGGUAAUCUGUGAUCAAGUGGAUCCAAGUUUUUCGCGGCCAUUCGCUAUCCUACUUACUUAAGUACGAUAAGGAGACAUGUAACUUUGAUCUUUUUUUUUUUUUUAAAUAUAUAUUACAUCUUACGUAAGACGUUGUACUUUUCUUUUCUUUUAAGAUUGUACGCAUUUGCGGUUUAAUCUAUUCUUAUCGUCAAUGAAGUAAAAGUAAGAGAAUGAAGCAAAUGUACAUGGAGACGUCAACCAGACUAUUGUAUUGCUUUCCAGCGCUCCCAUAUGCUUUCGGCUGCAUACCAGCAGCGUGUGCAAUCACACGGGCGACGUAACUUUGUUCGUGCACGCUAUGAAACAAAUGUGCAAACGGUCCUAAAUGACAAAAGUUUGUCGAUUAAUUUAAUAAUUAUCGCGUUACUUUUUUUAUAUAUAUAAUAUAUAAAUCAUCGACGCGUUAUACCUAUUGCAUAGACAGCGACAUCACCGCCUCCGUGAUAAGCUUCGUCAGAUAUGAUAGUUGCCUGUUGACUGUACGUAUACGCGGUUGUAUUUUCUUCGGAAGGAUCCAUCCUGACGAUGGAACCAUUCUUGAGCGUCGUGUACGCCAUGUUAUUCGGCCCCCCUGUGCUGUACGUCAGUGUUGUAUAUGGAAUUCCAUCGCGUUUGGACUUCUGAGCUAUACCUGUAAGACGAAUGAAUUAAUAAUUCAUAUUAAAAUCUCAUUUGAAAUGUAUUUAACAUUAAAGUUUUACAAUGUAUUUCAGUAAAAAAGUUUAAUUAGUUUUAAUAAAUAAAACGAUUCGUAGUAUCUUAAAAAAUACUUUGCCACAAAAAUAAAAUAAAGAUUCAUGAAUAUAAACAA